CGUCGGUGAUUGGCUAGAGUGUCACAAGUCAGGAAAAUGGCUGCGAGUACCUCUGCAGUCCCUGUGGCUGUGACGGCGCCAGUGGUGCCUGUGCUGUCCACGAACGGCGAUUUCUCGGAUUUGCGAGAGAUCAAAAAGCAGCUACUACUUAUUGCGGGCCUUACCCGGGAGCGGGGUCUACUGCACAGUAGCAAAUGGUCCGCGGAGUUGGCCUUCUCUCUCCCGGCCUUGCCCCUGGCGGAGCUGCAGCCGCCGCCGCCUGUUACUGAGGAGGAUGCUCAGGAUAUGGAUGCUUACACCCUGGCAAAGGCCUACUUUGAUGUUAAAGAAUAUGAUCGGGCAGCACAUUUCCUACAUGGUUGCAAUAGCAAGAAAGCCUAUUUCCUAUACAUGUAUUCCAGAUAUCUGUCUGGAGAAAAAAAGAAAGAUGAUGAAACAGUUGAUAGCUUAGGCCCCUUGGAGAAAGGACAAGUGAAAAAUGAGGCUCUUAGAGAAUUGAGAGUGGAGCUCAGCAAAAAACACCAAGCUCGGGAGCUUGAUGGAUUUGGCCUGUAUCUGUAUGGUGUGGUGCUUCGAAAACUGGACUUGGUGAAAGAGGCCAUUGAUGUGUUUGUGGAGGCUACUCAUGUUUUGCCUUUGCAUUGGGGAGCCUGGUUAGAACUCUGUAACUUGAUCACAGACAAAGAGAUGCUGAAGUUCCUGUCUUUGCCAGACACCUGGAUGAAAGAGUUUUUUCUGGCACAUAUAUACACGGAGUUGCAGUUGAUAGAGGAGGCCCUGCAAAAGUAUCAGAAUCUCAUUGAUGUGGGCUUCUCUAAGAGCUCCUAUAUUGUUUCCCAAAUUGCAGUUGCUUAUCACAAUAUCAGAGAUAUUGACAAAGCCCUCUCCAUUUUUAAUGAGUUAAGGAAGCAAGACCCAUACAGAAUUGAAAAUAUGGACACAUUCUCCAACCUCCUGUAUGUUAGGAGCAUGAAAUCUGAGUUGAGUUAUCUGGCUCAUAACCUCUGUGAGAUUGAUAAAUAUCGUGUGGAAACGUGCUGUGUAAUUGGCAAUUAUUACAGUUUACGUUCUCAGCAUGAGAAGGCAGCUUUAUAUUUCCAGAGAGCCCUGAAAUUGAAUCCUCGGUAUCUUGGUGCCUGGACGCUGAUGGGACAUGAGUACAUGGAAAUGAAGAAUACAUCUGCUGCUAUCCAGGCUUAUAGACAUGCCAUUGAGGUCAAUAAACGAGACUACAGAGCGUGGUAUGGCCUUGGGCAGACCUAUGAAAUCCUUAAGAUGCCAUUUUACUGUCUUUAUUAUUACAGACGGGCCCAUCAGCUUCGGCCCAACGAUUCUCGUAUGCUGGUUGCUUUAGGAGAAUGUUAUGAGAAACUCAAUCAGCUAGUGGAAGCCAAGAAGUGUUAUUGGAGAGCUUACGCCGUGGGAGAUGUGGAGAAAAUGGCUCUGGUGAAACUGGCAAAGCUUCAUGAACAAUUGACUGAGUCAGAACAGGCUGCCCAAUGUUACAUCAAGUAUAUCCAAGAUAUCUAUUCCUGUGGGGAAAUAGUGGAACACUUAGAGGAAAGCACUGCUUUCCGCUAUCUGGCCCAGUAUUAUUUUAAGUGCAAGCUGUGGGAUGAAGCUUCAACUUGUGCCCAAAAGUGCUGUGCAUUCAAUGAUACCCGGGAAGAAGGUAAGGCCUUACUCCGGCAAAUCCUACAGCUUCGAAACCAAGGCGAGACUCCCUCCACUGAGAUGCCUGCUCCCUUUUUCCUUCCUGCUUCACUCUCUGCUAACAACACUCCCACACGCAGAGUUUCUCCACUCAACUUAUCUUCUGUCACACCAUAGUUGGCUGCUUUUAAGCCAGCAAAUUGCUAGCCCCAUCUUAAGCCUUACCUCCAUGUAUAGAACGGUCAUAUCUGUUCUUCCAAGGACCACAUCUACAGAUGGAAACAGCUCCAUGGUGACAGUUUAUAUAAUCUCUUCAGAAGCAGAUUGACAGAAUAAUACUGGCAGGAAGACAUUGUCUUUUGCCAGGUAGAAGGAUUUCUAUCUCCCUUCUGUCAAGAGUGGCUUUGGAUCUUGGGCUCUUCUCAGAGCCACCCCCACCCCAAAUAAUCUUUACAGCAUUUUAGCACAGGCAAUGCUACAGGAAUAAAGUUUUAAUGCUGCAAGUAGGAGAGAGGAAAGGGAGAAAAGUUAACCACUCUACC